AUGGCUGGGCUUCCUCCGAGGCAGCCCGGAUUUGGGAAUUCUGGGAAGUGUUUUCUGAUUGAGAACCUGCUGCGUUCACCUGCUCCAGGUGUCUGUCCCAAGAGAUGCUCUCCGGAUCGGCUCUGUGUUCCUAAGGAACCAGCUCACACUCCGCCAGUUUUUAUGAGCAGUGUUUCUCUGCCCUGCUGCUCUGGACCUGGACCUGUGAUGAUGUCUGCUCCUCGGAUCCCUGGGGGCGUGGUCUCCAGGGCCCGGCCGGGGGUCCUGCGGAGGGCCGUGUUCUCUGAGGAACAGAGACGAGAGCUGGAGAGAACCUUCUCCAAGCAGAAAUACAUCAGCAAGACUGACCGCAACAGACUGGCCACUGACCUCUGUCUGAAGGAGACGCAGGUGAAGAUCUGGUUCCAGAACCGCAGGAUGAAGUGGAGGAACUCCAGAGAGAAGGAGAGCACACACACACGACCGCCGAUGGAGCGACUGAUGCUCUGGAGACAAUCUGAA